AUGGAAUCUUUCAUGAGCUGGGCCAUUGGCCUGCCAAUCCUCCUUCAAACGUCGACCGUGGUCGGCUUCUUGGUGCUUGGAUACAUUGUUUACUACCGCUACCUCCACCCGCUCGCCAAGUACCCUGGCCCCCCACUCGCCUCGCUCACCAACUUGUGGAAGACAUACCAUCUUUGGAGCCUACAUCUCCCUCAUACGCUUGUUCGUCUGCAUGAGCAGUAUGGCGACGUCGUACGGGUCGGGCCAAAUGACUUGUCGUUUCGAAAUCCCGAUGCCGUUAAUACCAUCUACAAGGCAGGCCGACAACUACAAAAGACGGGGUUUUAUGAUGGAUUUACGGCUUUCAAUCCUAACUUGUUUGGAACACAAGAUGAAGAGAUUCACGCCAUCAGGCGUCGCCAAAUGGCCCAUGCCUUCUCCCUGCAAUCUAUCAAGGAGAUGGAGCAUUUCGUUGACAGCCAUAUCAUGAAACUUAGGAAAAACCUUGACAACUUCUGUGACACCAACCAAGAGUUUGAUCUAAAGGACAUGAUUGCCUUUUACGUCUUUGACGUGCUUGGUGAGCUCGCUUUCAGCAGAAGUUUCGACUCGCAGGAUGGGAGAGAUCUAUCCCGGCUACCGCCCAUCAACGACCAUAUCUAUCUCGCUUGUUUGAUGGGAAUGACACCAGAGGCUCUCCCGUGGAUCAAGAAGGUUCUACCCUUCAUCCCCAUUCCAUGGAUCAAACGCCUACUCAACGCUCGUGCGCAGCUUCGGAAUCUGACCGCGGCGUGCGUCCGGCAAAGAAUUGAAGCUGGUAACAGCGAUCGCAGGGACCUUCUCUCGUCCUUACUGGUGGCCGUCGACCCUGAGACUGGGUCUAAGCUUACUGAGUUGGAUAUCAAUACCGAGGCCUUUGCAAUGGUUCAUGCAGGUCAAGUCAUUCCCUACGCGGCCCUCGAGAAAGACCUACCAUACACUAUGGCAUGCAUACAUGAAAAUUUCAGGAUUAACCCUGUGUUCACCAUGCCAUUGCCUCGGAAGAUUAUGACUCCAGGUGGAUUCACGAUCCAGGGACAACAAGUACCUCAGAAGACCGUUGUCUUCGCUCUGAACCACGUCGUUCACCACAACCCAUCGGUCUGGGGCGAGGACCACGACCAGUUCAUCCCAGAUCGCUUCCUCGGACCCAACGGCAAGGAGCUCCAGAGUUACUUGUCGCCUUUCAGUACUGGGCAUCGUGCUCUCUACAGUACUGAGAAAUUACAAACUGGAGAUGCUCCACCCGGAAGAACCGGUUGA